AUGACUCGCCACGGAAAGAACGCUACAGCCAGCACAGUAUAUUCCUACCACGAGAAAAAGAAGGACACUAAGUCUUCAGGGUACGGCAGUGAAAAGAUUCGUUUGGGGAAAGACUCUGUGAAAGAUUUCGAUUGUUGUUCACUGACUCUACAACCUUGUCGCCAUCCAGUAAUCACUCCUGAUGGUUAUUUAUACGAUAAACAGGCGAUCCUUGAAUGUUUACUGCACCAGAAGACACAGAUAGCAAAGAAGACAAAGGAAUUUGAGAAACAAAUGAAGAAAAUACAGGCAGAAGACUCAGGGAAGACAUCAGAGGAAGAAAGAGCGAAGUUAGAAUCAUUUAUGAACAUGGAGAAACGAAUACUAACAAAACCGAGCACAGUAUUCAAGGCUGCUAAACAAACUGCGACAGUUGAUGAACCUCAGCCAUCGACAUCUAAAGUACAAAAUGCAGCCAAUGACAAAAGCCUGCCAAGUUUCUGGAUUCCGUCCCUCACCCCAGAAGCCAAACCUACGCUAAUCAAAAAGCCAGACUCCAAAACUUAUUGUCCUAUGUCAAAAAAACCUUUAAAAGUCAAGGAUUUGAUUCCCGUCAACUUUACCUUGAUCGACAAAGAUGACAAACCUUUGGUUGCCAAGUCGGAGCGCUACAAGUGUGCAGUCACAGGAGAUACUCUUGGAAAUUCUGUACCAUGUGCUGUACUCAGGAAUACAGGAAAUGUUGUGACGAUGGACUGUGUUGAAAGACUCAUCAAAAAAGACAUGUUAUGCCCUUUUACAGGGGUUAAACUUAAAGAAAAGGAUAUCAUUCCUAUGCAGAGAGGUGGAACAGGAUUUGCUGCCUCGGGGGUCACUUUGGAGGCUAAAAAGGAUGGACCAGCUAUGCAAGCAUAACUUGAAUGACUUUAUAUAUUUUCUUACUACUAUUCUUAGAUCUCCACAACUUUUAGCUAUCUGGGUUUUUAGUGAAGUUCUGGCAAUUACAAAAUUUGUAACUCAGGCCAUUGUAAAUUUGAAUGCUGGUAGACCAAGAAGUUUUCAAUGAUUGAGUUUUGAAAUAAAUGCAGAAGAUCAUGAACUAGUUGUAGAGUCCUGGCCAAGUUUUCAUUCAGUUUUGGAAGAAUAGGAGAAGAAAAGGUAAUUUAAGCCCAAGAAUUUUGUUUCCUCAGGCUCAGGUCAAACACCACACUUCUCAUGAGCCAAACCAUAGUUAAUCUAUUAAGUAUGGCCAAACCUAAUUGAAACAAUGGAUAACAAGGCGGUCUUCUUUGAUGUCAUUAGUUUGAACUCAUGUGAAGUCCGAUGUUUGACAUAAGCCUUACCAAAGCAUUCUCUGAUCUUGAAAAUAAUAUGAUGCAACUGAGUCUUAAAAGAUGUAAUGAAAAGAAAAGAAGUGGGCUAUUGAACAUUACUUGUGGUGAUCUUGACUCAUGAUGUCACUUUAGAAGCAUCUUUCUUCUUCAAUGCAAAACCUACUGAGUAUUUUUCAAUGUCCUCUUCUGCUGGUUUUACGUUUUACCAGACAAAGCAUUUUUUGUUUCAAAAAUAAUAAACUAGUAUGUUUCAAUAAACUUUCAUUAAAGUG